AUGGCGCAGCCGCAAAACGGAUCUAAUCUCACUGGGAACUUUACGAACCAGUUUGUCCAGCCGCCUUGGCGUGUCGCACUCUGGUCUGUUGCCUACAGCUCCAUCUUGGCGGUCGCGGUCUUCGGUAAUUUGAUCGUAAUGUGGAUCAUUCUGGCGCACAAGCGAAUGCGCACCGUGACCAAUUACUUCUUACUCAAUUUGGCAUUUUCGGACGCGUCCAUGGCCGCCUUCAAUACUUUGAUUAAUUUUGUUUAUGCGACGCACGGCGACUGGUACUUUGGGGAAUCAUACUGCAAAUUUCACAACUUUUUCCCCGUGACUUCUGUGUUUGCAAGCAUUUAUUCCAUGACUGCGAUCGCUGUCGACAGGUACAUGGCCAUUAUUCACCCACUGAAGCCUCAUUUAUCAGCUACGGCUACUAAAGUGGUCAUCGUGUGUAUCUGGGUGCUGGCUGUGGCGCUCGCCUUCCCACUCUGCUUGUUCUCUACCAUUAAAAAGUUACCCAAGAGGACGCUAUGCUUUGUGGCGUGGCCUCAACCCAGCGAGGACCCAUUCGUGUAUCAUAUCAUAGUGAUGGUGUUGGUCUACAUGCUGCCCCUAGUGGUGAUGGGCAUCACCUACACCAUUGUGGGUGUGACGCUGUGGGGCGGGGAGAUCCCGGGAGACUCAUCAGACAACUAUCACGGGCAGCUACGAGCCAAGAGGAAGGUGGUGAAGAUGAUGAUUAUUGUGGUCGUGACCUUUGCCAUCUGCUGGUUGCCUUAUCAUGUCUACUUCCUGACCACGGGUCUAAACAAGCAACUGGUUAAGAGGAAGUCCAUCCAGCAAGUUUACCUCUCAGUCAUGUGGUUGGCCAUGAGCUCAACCAUGUAUAAUCCCAUCAUCUACUGCUGCCUCAACAGCAGGUUUCGGGCAGGCUUCAAGCGGGCGUUCCGCUGGUGCCCCUUCGUGCGCUUGUCAAGCUACGAGGAGCUAGAACUGAGGGCCACCCGCCUGCACGUGACUCACCAGGGCAGCAUGUACACGCUGUCCCGUGUAGAGACCACCGUUGUGGCCAUGGGUGACCAGAGCGAGCCGCCGACCGACCCGACCCGAAAAAGCCUUGUGGGCCACCCCAAUCACAAUGGAUGCCCUCAUAACACCAAGAGCAGAGCAGGCACCUACAUGCCCAGUGACGCUCAAGAGGAAUUCUGCUAAAGGACCGCGGGACGUCCACAGGGAUGGUACCCUCAGCAACAAUGCUGUGUUCGGGUGGACAAAUAGGGGACAUUGUGCUUCUUUUCCAUUUCAGUGUACACCUUCAUCAAGCUUCUAUAAAAGACAGAGAUGAAGGUUAUCUGUUGCAUCUGGUGAGUAUGGACACUCAGGCCAAAAAGGAACUAUAGCUGGUCUGUGUCAUUUCAUGAUUAAAAUGCAUUGGAUCUGUGAAAGCAUGGUGAAAAAAUGUAAAUGUUUCUGUACUGCAUGAGUAAUCUUUUCCCCAGCAAGGAUCUACAGCUCUGUAAAAAAUAAUUUUUGGGCCAGACAGAUAAGGUUUAGCAGCCUAAUGGACUAAAUAUUCAAUGAAAAAUCUCUGAAUUCAAUAUCCAGAUUUUUUUUUUUUAAUUGAAAUGAAACAAAAUCCAUCAUUCGCCAUUGUUUUGGUUAAAAUACCUGGUUGAGAAUGUUUUAACAGGAGCUACAUCAUUUCUUGUAGCCGUAACACUCUAAUUCCCACCUUCAUAAUAGGCUUUCGUGAUAAAUGGUCGUCUGCGGUUCAGUCCGUCUUCUCUAGAGAUAACUGUGCAGUAAUUACUUCACAAGGACUGCAGAGUGUAUUGAAUAUAAUCCCCACUAUUAAGUCUCUGAGGACACUUGAGGUUUGUGUACUUGUGGAAGGCAUAGGUUUAUGAAGACUCUGUAAAAGCUUCCAAGUGCUGCUCAACAGCACCGUGCAUUGAAAGUUUCAAAAUGGAACUUUGAAUUAUUGGCUAAAAUGAAGACUAAAAUGUGCCCAAGUGGGACUCCCCCCCCAUAAGCAUGAAAGAGACCAUCCAGUGGCGCUCCAGCUCAGCGUUCCUGUCGCAGUAGAGAAAAAGGAAAACGGUACGUCCCAGAGCAUGGUGAGGGCUGAGGUUAGUUCUUCUCUUCUACUAUUUCAGUCACCCGUGUUUAAUACUGUGCCGUUUUGAAUGAUUUCAAACGACAGCUUAAUAUCACGAUACUCCUUGUUUGUUUUUCAGUAAAACGAUUAAUAUAGAGUUCUGAUUUUGCUAGCUUGUCACAUAUUACACAGAGUGCAGUCCCUCUGGCUCUCACCUUGAGAUUACUCAUAAUGCAAUAGUGUCAGUUGUGAUUAGGAAUACAUCCCUGUUGGCAUGCCCACACACAUGCCUGUGCAUAUACACACACACACACACACACACACACAGAGCUCCAUACUGCACACAAUUCUUGCAUUUUAAAAGACAAUAGCUGUGUUUCUUUACCUAUGUGAAAUGGCCCUAGCAUUUACAGUUACGUGUUGUGGUAAACACAGCUGGGAGUCAUAACUGUGAGCAGGGGGAUGAGGACUGUCCCCUCAUAGCCUAAGAUAUUGAUUAGUGAAGCCUGAGGAGAUUAGCCCCAUGCCUGGACUCUGAACUCCAGUCUAGAGAAAAGAAAUAUGUCUGGGAGCCAUGAAGAUUUCUCAUUCAAGUGUGCAGCAAAGUCAAGUGUGAUGGAUUUCUUCCAGAUAAGUGACAUCCACCUGUGGCCUCCACAGAUAACACACAUAUACUAUAUAUAUUCAAGAUUGUAGUAAAAGUAUAGCAUUUCCAGAGAAAACAUUUCUGACAGAGGUCCUUCAUCAGCUGUGCAAGCAAAGUGCUUCAAAGUGCAAGCAAAGUGGGAAGUGGAAGCACUUUGCUGGCACAGCUGAUGAAGGAUCUCUGUCUGAAACAUUCUGUUCCUCUGGAAACUGUACUGGAAACUGUAGUCACUCACCUAGAAUCUUCUGCUAUAUAUGAAUGAUAACCUAAAAAUACUUUACAGUAAAUGUGUAUAAAUGUUUAAAUAACUGCCGUCCAUUUUAAAGAGGUUUGUUAAUAUUAUAUAGUACAGUAUAGAGAUCAGUUUUUAUUGUUUGCAUGAAAGCAUGUGAAAACAUUGAAAAAUGAAACAUGAAUGCAUCAUCUAGAUUAGUUAUUAGUUAAAUGUAGUAGACUGCCAAUCCUGAUAGUUGAACAGUUUAGCAGGUAAUUCCUUUAAAUCCUUUGCAUUUUAAAAAGAGUUGCAUGGCUUAAGUAAUAGCUUCCUUAUCAGCAUGCAGAAUGCAACAAAAUUUGCUCCAUUACUUAUCAACUGGUUAAAAUCAGUGAGCUAUUAUUUCUGUACUAUUUCUGAAUUAGUUUCAUCUAGAGGUACUAUAUACAAUCAGUGUACUGCAUUUUGCUUCUUCCACUGAAAACAUUUACAUUUCUUAGUGCUUGCUGCUUGAAAAGUGCUACUAACGCUUAAAACGUUUGGAUGUUUGACUGUAAUCCUAAUAAGCUAUCAAUGCCUUUACAAGACUGGCUGUAAUUCUUUUUUGACUGGUUUGUAAAGGGUAACAUUGAUUUAAUGGUUAAUCUUGUUCACUCGUUUUUGUUAGGUUUUUUGGGGACAAGCUUGCCUUUUUGUGUUCUGUAAAUAUGACCACAAAGACAAAUACAGACAUGUUCCGACAUUGUGAAAGUAUUAACCGUGAUUGUAUCUAUUCCGUGAUUACAGCUAUUCAGGGCAUGUGUAUAGGCUCAUGUGCAAUAAAUCUGUCAGAAGUUAC